AUGGCUCUUCCAGCGAACCAGGGGCUGUCAGCCCGGCAAGAGCCUCAUAUCUUUCCUGAAAGAUGUUACCCGGACCCAUGCAAGAAUGUGAAGUACGAUCCUAAACAUGCCGACUCUGUGUGCGGUGAUCCACGUCUUGGACCACUUUCCUUACCAAGCCGAUUCCCUGUGUCGAAUGAGCUAGCCACCUAUGCCAGACUCGGCGGCCUCUGCCCGGAUGAGUUCCUAUUGAAAUGGGCUGGGAGCCUGGAUCCUUCGAAGUGGUACAACUACCCCGAAUUCCACGGGUUUGCCCUGGAUUCUCAAGGAAAGCCAAUAACGGCCGAGGUACUGCUGGCCGUGGGGCGGAAAUUUGACCGAUUUGGCAAUCCAACAGGCAACUUCCUCUCGCCUUUGGGCUCAGCAUAUAUCUCGCGAGCGCUGCCGCCGGCAAACCUCGCACCUGGCCCGUCAGGCCAAUACCCGGACAACUAUCAUGUUUAUCAGGUGGUGAAAGAGUUUACGGGUUCACUUGGUCCAGUAGCCAGCUGGUUUGGCCAGCCAGGCUUAGGCUCGCAGAUUUACACUCAAGUCAGUAUUGCUGAGCUGCUCGAACAAAAGUUCCUGCGAGAGCUGAAGGAAGAAGAGUUUGAUGAACCUGUUGAAUAUUCAUAUGACCCUCCUCCAACAAGACCUAGCAAGGCCUAA